AUGGAAUUUAUGGAAAACCCUGAAGAGUCUCAUGAGAGGGAGAGGCUGAAGAUGAGAAUUGCUGUUUUGGAUGAGAGUGUGAAAUCCUGUGAGGUGGAGUGUAAAGCCAGCAGAGAGACGGUGCUGAGGCUGGUGGCAGAGCUGGAGCGAGAGAGGAGGAAGGCUGCCAGCAGUGCAGCAGCACUGGAUUCACUCAAAGGGGAGUUGGACGGCCUGGUGGUGGGCAGGAGGAGUGUCGAGAUGGAGAGGGGAACUCUAAUGGAGAGGCUCGACGCCAGCAAGAGAGUCAUAGAGGCAGCGAGGCGAGAGUCCCAUUGUUUGGAGAAACAGGUGGAGGAGCUUGAAAGAAAACUACAGACAAGCCAAGGAGAGAGCCAGGCAGCUGAGGAGAAGCUACAGAUGUUCCUGAAGAAAGUGGCAGGCCUGCUGCAGGGGAAGUCUGAGAAUGUCAUCCUGCCCACAGAGAAAGAUGUUUUACAAAACCUGGAUAAUGUCUGCAAUAAGUUUUUGUCAGAGAUAGAAGCCAGGCUGUGUCACGUCUCUGAGGAGCUGAGCGAGCAGACGGAGCUCCAGCACGGUGCACUGCAGAGGGCUCAGCUAGCAGAGCAGCAAGUCCAGGACCUGAGGGAGAGACUGCAAGGUCUGGAGACUGAGCUGCUGGCAGCAGACAUGCAGCGUGACGGGCUGAGACAGAGUGAACAGCAUUAUGAGGAGUUUCUGGAACAGCUGUCAGAGACAAUGAAGGUUGACGGUAUUGCUGUGGAUCUAGGCUUCGACAUGAGGCUAAAACUCAUCCUGUCACGGGCAGAGCAGCUUGUCAAACAAGAGGCAACUGCUUUGGUGGAGAGCAAAAGUCUGACCUUCAGUCUGCAGCGAAAGUUUAAGUCACAGAAAGACCAACUAGAGAGCAAAGGACUCCACAUCCAGCUCCUGAGGAAGAAGGUGUCCGACUUGGAGGAGGAGAAGAGGAGCCGUUCAGCGUUGGCUGUGGAACGAGACGAUGCUCAUCUGGAGGUCGGGAGGCUGAAGAAAAAACUGGAGCGUCUCCAAUUAGAGCUGAAGGCUACCAAGCUGUCCAACACUGAGCUCAAGGCCCAGCUGUCCGUCACCAGUGAGCUCAAGUUGAAAGUCAUGGAACAUAGUCAGACCGUGCAGGAGCAGAAAAAGAGGCUGGAUCAGCUGACGGAGGGGAAGUCCAAGGUGGAGAAGAAGCUGAACACAGUGAGCUCCGACCUGCAGAGCCGAGAGAAGAAGACCAGAGAGGACCAGCAACAACUCCACUCCCUCAGACAGAGCCUGACCCAGCUGUCCGACAGGGAGAGAGAGCUGCUGGAUUUCCGGAUGGUUGUUUCCCAGAUGUUGGGUCUGGAUGCCACAGCUUUGGCUCUUUCAAACUAUGAAAUCAUCAAAUCACUAGAGACCCUUCUUCACACUCAUCACCACCAUCACCUCCUCCAUCAUCAUGUCAAUAUGCCCUGGCACUGUGCUACUCACCAGAGGCCUCAUCUCGCCCAAAUCCAGGACCUUCCUGACUGCUCCUCUUAUGACCUUUCUACCUCCAGGUCUGCUUAUCCAGGGGAUGCAGCUCCACUUCAUGAAGCCUAGAUU